GAGAUUAGAUCAGUCACCUGUGACAUCAAGAUCAAGAGAAAGAAGAGUCAGUGGGCGCCGCCAGUGUUGUUGCCUCCCAUCACAUGACCAGGAGGAAUGGCGGCCGAGAUCAAGCCUCUCCGCGGUGCCCAGCCUGCCAGGACGGCCGCCGCUGACAAGCCAGUGCUGGUGUCCAAGGUGGAGGGCAGUCCGGACGAUAUAAACGCUGCCUCCCUGAUCAAUGGCGGCGAGGGGGUCAUUUCCGUCAGCGAUGAUAAAUCUGUUCGCAUUUGGCAGCGCCGGGAUUCUGGACAGUACUGGCCUAGCGUGUGCCAUUUCCUUCCUUCCAUUCCCACCACUUUCCACUUCCUGGCUGAGCUGAGGUGCUUGUUUUUGGGUCUUGACAAUGGAAGUGUAAUUGAAUUCACAGCAGCUCCAGAUUACAACAGUAUUACCCAAGUUCGAGAGUACUUGAGCCACAAGAUUCGAGUUACAGGCGUCAUCUACUGUCCCAUUGCCAAGUGGGUUCUCUCAGCUGCCAGUGAUAAGUUCUUUGUAUAUCAUUGCACGAGCAGCGGGCGACGACUUGGAGGCCAUCAGUGUUCAGCGUGGUGCACGGCCCUCCAGUACGAUGCCAAGAGCAGGCAUGUGUUUGUAGGAGACUAUGGAGGACAGAUAACAAUGCUCAAGCUGGAAGAGACUGGGCCACAGGUCAUUACAGUUCUCAAGGGUCAUAAUGGCUCCAUACGGUCUCUCGCCUGGGAUGUGGAAAGGCAGCUACUAUUCUCAGGUUCCUUUGACCAGUCUGUCAUUGUGUGGGACAUUGGGGGAGGCAAAGGAACAGCCUUUGAACUUCAAGGACACACAAGUAAAGUAAUUUCUUUAGUUUACUGCAAGAAGAGUCACCAGUUAAUAUCAGGAGGGGAAGAUGCCAUCGUUGUCUUCUGGGACAUGAAGGCAAACAGGCAGGAGACUCCAGAGUGGCUCCAGUCUGAUAUUUGCCAGUACUGUGAGCGACCCUUCUUUUGGAAUAUAAAAGCCAUGAUGGAUCAGAAGCAGAUUGGUCUGCGGCAGCAUCAUUGUCGAAAAUGUGGUAAGGCUGUUUGUGACAACUGCAGCAGCAAGAGAUCCUGCAUCCCUGUGAUGGGUUUUGAAUUUGAUGUAAGAGUGUGUGACAAAUGUCAUUCAACUAUCUCAGAUCAAGAACUGAAUGGAGAAAACCGCCAAUCCUUGGCCAAGUUCCACGAGGUGAAACAUAGCAUAGUGAACAUGGACCUGGACGAAGAAAAUGGAAUCCUGCUCACUGUUGGUCAAGACCGAAUCAUGAAGAUAUGGGAAGUGUCGAGUAUGCUGAAUUGAUCCCCAGAGGAAGGUGAGGAACCAUGGCAGACCCAGGUGCUGCAAGCAGCUGGAGAGUGUUAGGGGUCUUGCCAGUGUCCCCCACCUAAUGAAGGCCAGGAAUAAAAACAGCAGGGUGAGAAAAUUCAGGAAUGUAUUGUUGGGCAUAGAUAAUUGCUAAUCAUUGUUUGGGUCUCCCUGUUUUGGGAUUCUCUUAUUACAGAUUCAUUUUUACAUUGAAUUAUGUUCUUUGUCAUUUAAAUGCAAAGUAGCUGUUCAAGUGUGCUUUGAUGUGUGUCAUAUGGAUAAGGGGUUAGAUGAGGCAUGGUUCAGCGUUCGAGCUGGCAGUGACAGCACUAACAGCUGACUCGAACAGGGAGAGCACAUGUAGGGCUGAUUGCAAAACCUGCUUCAAAAGUUUGUUACCAAUAUUACAGUGCUUUCUCUGUUGAAUUUUUUUUUUCUAUUCAGUGCUGUGAAAUAUAUUCUCAAUGAAGGCGGUGAAGUGUCAGCAUGUCACAGAGUUAAUUAAAGCUGUUCUCUUGGUUGCAUUCCACAAGCUGUCAUCUCAGUCUCUUGUCUGACACUUUUCAGCUUUCUGGGUAUUUGUUGUUGCUUGAAAUGUAGUCUGAAUGAAUACAUUUAUCAAUGGACACAUUUAACUUCCACUUUGUUUUGACACUGACAAAUUUUCAUAUAUAGCAUGCCUUCAUUGGGCACUCAGCCGUCCACCCUUCUUACAAUACUUGAGUGAACAUGAAAAUGUCUUACAAUUAACCAUAAUGACUUUUUUAUUCUAUUUCCUGAUUUCCUGCUAGUUGUGUCCAUUAUAUCCAGUAUAGAAUGAUUUUCUAGAGGAGAAAGAUAUAAUGAGUUGCAGAAGAUGGUUUUGAGAUUAAUUAUUAAGUAACUACUGCUUCAUAUAAUACUGAUGAAAAGAGUAAAGUAGAAGUGCUGAGAAACAUCUUAAGAGCUUCAAGGAGAGAAUGUGUUGGAUUUGAGACAGUGAAGAAUACUAUGGAUUAUAAAAAUUAUGUGAUAGACAAAUUAAAGAAAGUGUUGAUAAUUACAGUAUGCUGAGGGAAUGAGGAAGAUAAAUAUUGGUGAAAGAAGCUAGAUCAACAGUUUUAACUGAAAGAUAGGAUAAUUAUACAUGGAAUAGAAUAGAGUGCGAAUGUGCUGACAACCAACAGUCUUAUAUGAAUGUUUUAGGUUCAUAUAAGUGGGUCUGGGUUACAUUCCUUUAACCCUUUUGGUGCACAUGGCGAGGAAGCGAAUAUCCCCCAAGGCGCACUCUGGCAGCCCAACGGGGAGUCUCUUUUAAACUCUGUAUCUCAAAAACUAUUCAUCACAGCUAAAAAACAAAAACACCAUUGAAAAGAGGAGGCCAAGAUCUAUAGGAUUUGGUUAUGUAUGCCUCUCCUGGGAAUGUACACGCACGUUCGGGGGGUGUUGCCUGUGAACACUUACAUCAGUGCGUCCGCGACGGUCAGCCAUAUUGAGGCAACUGCGGACAUCUCUCCACGAGGUGCUGGCAAGGUAGUAUUGCCAACUGCAAAAUUUACAACUAUUUUGUCAAAGAAUCAGUCAGGUGAUAGGUGAAACUAUGCAAAAAGGCCACUAUAUUGAACAAGAACAUCCACCAGUUACUCGUCCGUAAAUUUCCCGUACUAGGCUGAUGUGAUUUUCCACCAAAUUUAGUGGAAAACCCACUCAAUUGGCAAUACUGUGUUGUGAAAUAUAGUGUUGGAACACUCUCAUACGUGAGAGAUUUGAGUGUGGCUGGAGCUCCCAGCGAAUGUUUAGCACCACCAGCAAAUGCGCUACUGCACGCUGCGAGCGUUUAGCAAUGAAAGGGUUAAUAUGAAAGCCACUGCUUCCUUUGAAUGUUGCUGGUUUGUGAAACAUCUUUCUUAGCCAAUGAAGAUCUGAUUGUAGACAUAGUCAGGUCUGAGCAACAGGGCAUGGGAGUACUUAAUGCAACUAAUUUAACUUGAUGAUUUUGUAUGACCAUGCAUGUUUUGCUUGCUUCUUGAGGCUUGUCUUCUUUCCUGCUUGUGCAGUAACCGGGAAGUCAUAACUGAUAAUAAGACUUUGUAGUUUUCUUUAAUGAAGCAAAGUUUUGGUACUAGUUAGGCAUGUUAUCAGAGGGUUCAUGAAUUACUGAACGUUGGGAAAGCUGCAGCAUUGCACUAAAUGCUUAGUGACUCGCUCUCUGUUGAAAUAUGUUAGUUAUAUGGAAUUCAAGUAAAUCCUCAUUCACACUGACAAUCCAAGUUUUCAUCAUUUUAUUAUCAUGUUAAUGAUGUGAAAAGACUGAAUUAAAAUUUACUUUUGCUUUACACUGAAGUGAAGGUAAGUACAAUUUUAACUACAAAGUCAGCUUGCUUAAGAUUGAAUGAUCUGUGAAAUUCUUCAGCAGGGGUCUCCUAUCUAGAUUUGCUGAAACUUGACUCUCCUUGUAGAUUUAUGUCAAAUUUCAGUUUGUCUUUUGUAACAUCCUUGUUUUGUUUUCUUCUUCAAAAUUUGUGUGAUGAUGUUGAUAUAUUGGCGAAAAUUUCUUUCCGAAGGGUGCGGGACUUUGUGUGUCCGAGGUGUGUGGGGGAAGAUGAGGGUGGUAAUGGUGAAAAUGACAGGUUGGUGGUGGAUGGAGGUGUGUUGGAGGAAGUACAACAAUUCUGCUAUUUGGGAGAUGUGUUGGACUGUGAAGCAGGAGUAGAGAGAGCAGUGAGAGCAAGAGUGGCAGUUGCAUGGAGAAGGUGGCAAGAAAUGGCCAGUCUAUUAGUGAACCACAGCAUAAUAUUGAGGAGCAGAGGAAGUGUAUACAAAGCCUGUGUGAGAUCUGCUCUUUUGUACGGAGCAGAAACAUGAGCACUGACAAGCAGACUGAUGGACGUCUUAUGCAGGUGUGAUCGCAGGAUGCUGAGAUACGUGGCAGGAGUGAGGUGGCAGGACGGGAAGUCUAGCAAUGAAGUAGCUGAGAUGUGUGGGGUUGAGGACCUUUUUGUUGAGUUGAGGAAGAGAAGACUAAGAUGGUUUGGACAUGUAAAAAGAGCAGGGGAGGGGGUGCUGAAGGAGGUGGAGGAGGUGAGAGUUAGGGGAUGGCGGCCAGUAGGAAGGCUUAGAAAAAACGUGGAGUGGGUGUGUGAUGGAGGAUAUGAAUAUAUUGGGGAUAGAGGAAGAUAUGGCACAAGAUCAGAUGUGGAGAACAGUCAUCGCCUGUCCUACCCCAUCUUAAUUAAAUGGGAAAAUAUGGAUGUUAAAUGACAAUGAUGAUGAUAUAUUGGAUAUGAGUAUUGCGUAUACCAAUGCAGCCCCAUAAAUUCGGAAUAACCAUAAUGGUACCCUCAUAUGUGGGUUUAGACCUAUUGGGCCCUUUGUACUCUUGACCAUAGCGAUUAGAGCUAAUUAAUGUUUCUAGAAGUCACAUACAAUGGAAAAUGUAAAAGAAAAUGGUGAAAGUUUAUUGAGAGAAUUACUUCUGACAAGAAUUCAGCAUUAUGGCUGAAUUAUGUAUUGUCUGAGUAUCCCUGUUGGUGAGGAUUAGCUAAAAUCUAACAAUUCGUCGAGGAUGAGUAAUAUCAGAAUUCUAACUACACCGGGUAUUCGAUAUAUGCGAGUUCAAAAUAUGCAAAUUCGCUCAUAUGCGACUAACCUAAAUGUGCCAAGUAUUUGUUUUAUGCGAGAAAAAUUCCCUAUUAUGCGAAUAGCGGCGCUGGUGCGACUGGUUGGUGAGUUAUGGUGGCAACUCGCACUAGAGGGCAGAGGGUGCAAAUGUUUUCCCACAAUUUCCACGCCUAUGAUUAAACUUUUCCUCCCUCUGAUUCUAAAGUUAAUCCUCAGGCAACUAAUUAUCAGCUUAAAUUGUAGAUAUUGGGUGUGUCUCCCCGGAAGCAAUCAGCAGCUCUGGGCUGUCAGACUCAGAGAAGCUCUACCCUGAAUGGGGUACAUAUAACUUCAAGUAUAAUAUCCAUGUCCUGAUUUCCCUUCAGUAAGAUUCAAAAUACAUAUGAAUAUACAGUACGUGAUAUAGUAGAAAAAAGCAUGCACAUUUUAACUGUUGCAUUAGUGCUUUAUUAUUGUGAAAAGGUGCCGGAAUAAAUAGUUAGAGGGUUCAAAAACGGGUUGUGGAACAUAACACCCUAUAACUAAUGGGAUAAUUGGUUCGAUAUAUGCGAAUUCAUAUUAUGCGAGCUUUUUGUAGAACAUAACCCUCGCAUAUAACGAAUACCUGGUGUAUAUUAAAAACUAGUCAGUCAUGGGGGACGUACAUCUAGUCCUGGCUUCCUGCAUAUAUUAUCUAGUCAAUUUAUAGAGCUCUAAUUUAGGGAAGAAAUUUUUUUUUCAACUUUGUUUAAGAGCUUGGAUAUCUGAGGCAGUGGGCAAAGGAACAUCAUUUCUACCAAUUUCAUGAUUUUCUGUUUUUUGUGUCAUGGCAUUUCCAUUCUCUGCUCUAAAAGACUGGCAUUGUGGCUAAUAUGGCAUUCAUUUGUUAGGAAAAUCACAUCCAAAAAUGAUAUAGAAACUGAUUGCAGUUGUGUAAUAUGUAUGCAUUUAAGACGUUAAUUUUCUGAAAAUAUAUAGAUAUCUCCAUCUUUUGACAUCUAAAUGAAGGAAAUCAUGUGGUUGUUUCCUGAGUACAGGUGAAUGAAAAUGCAAAAUUUGUGAGCAUUUUGCCAGAAAUGUUAUCUUGAUGCUUGUGUCAUUUGUUUGCCUACUGUCUCAUAUAUAUAUAUAUAUAUAUAUAUAUAUAUAUAUAUAUAUAUAUAUAUAUAUAUAUAUAUAUAUAUAUAUAUAUAUAUAUAAACAUUUAUUUUUCUCAUUUAACAAUGGCACUUGUUCCUCUGUUCCUGGUCAUGCCUUAUGACCCCAUUUUUGGACAGCUAUUUGUAUCUAUUGCCUGAGUUUGGUUAUCUUAACAAUGCAUUUGUGCUGCUUUAGGAUCUUUUUUAUUGCAUUUAUAUCAUAAACCAGUAGAUUUAUGUUUAGUCUACACCAUCAGAUUAUUAAAAGAUUUAUGUUUUAAUUGUUUUCAAUAAUUUAUUUAUUUUGUUAGUUUUAGCGUUGAUUUACUUUGGAAAAGACAGGGAAGCUGAAUGUUUUUUCUCUUGUGUACCAUGUAUAGUCACACAAGUUUCUUUGAUAUGAUAUAAAUAUAUUGUUGGAUUGUAGAGGGAUUAAUUUUUUUUUAUUUUAUUUUAUUAUUUUUUUUUUUUUUCUAGAAAUGAAUUCCAUUGUAUUCCUCAAACUUUACAGUUAAACAGGUAGUUUUUUUUUAUAGGUUAUGCUUUAGAGAAAGUGUUUACAAAACCUAUUUCACUGUAUUAGUCUUUCAAUCAUGUAUUACCACAGAAAUAAUUUUGUAAGAGAUGGAAUAUGUACUUCACCAAGAAAGUUUUGACUUGCCUCAGAUUUUUUAUGCUUUGCUCUCAAAAACAGGUGGAUUUUUCCAUUUGAUUGCCCUAAGUCAUUGAUUGAUUCAGAGUUAUCAUUUAUUUGCCAUCAUCAAUCACUUUUGAUCAGAUGUUUCCAAAAUUCUUCUUUCUUGACAGAUUUUGCACCUUUGCACCAAGUUUCAUAGUUUGAAAAACUUUUGUGUAAACCUACUUACAGACAGACAAAUAAAAAGCACUGAAAACACAAGCUCCUUGCUGUUGGCAGAGGUAACUAGGCUGUAGUAUUUUAUUGACACUGAGGGUGCAGUAACUAACAGUUGGCAUGGAGAAAUGAUAAGCUGACAACAGUAUGUAACUUCUCAAGGCUAACCUAGUACAUAUUCUUCAAAACUCAGGUUGCUAUUGAAGUUAGUAUGAUUCCCCAAAAAAUAGUUUUUUUUUUUUUUUUUUUCUUUAGUAGUUUUCACUGAUAUGUGAAGAAUAGGUAUUAUGAUGUUGGUUCUUUGGCCAUUGUGCCUUCAUAAUCAGUUUGCAAUGACAUUUCUGUAUUGCACUGAGAUACUUUUUCUUUACCCUAACUUAAUCUUUUCACCAUCCAUUAUUCUUUUACUAUCAACACUCACACUUCUCACUUUCCUAAUGGUACCUGCUGUUUUAAUUUCUCACCACUUUGCACAUCUCUGUGUCUGAUAUUUCCAUAUUUCGUUCAUAAAGAGUGUCAAUGUGGUCAAAUUAAACUCUUCUGUAUUGUCAUUCAUACCUCUGAGAUGUAGCUUAUACUGUGGUACACUUGUGUCAUAACAUUUUGAGGAUAGCCUAAAUUACACACCAUUUAUCAUGUUUUGCAUUCACUUGUUCCACUUGAGAUAUAAAGAACACUGUUAUUAAAGUAUGCUAGUAUCUAUAUGCUGUAUUGGGAAACAUGAUGAACACCUCUAGAAUACCAUAACCAAUAAACUAAGUAUGCUGAUUAAAGAAAAAAAAUGCAUAUAAUCUCAUAAGUUGCUCUGGUAUGUAAAAUGUUUGGUACUAGGCACAGGAUGAUGAUUCCUUCUGAACUAAAAAGAAUGGCUGAAUCACCCACAAGGCUAUAAUCCGAAUACCUCAUGUUUUUAUCCCCUGACAUGCAUGGGAUUUUUCAAAAUAGUCCAUUUAAAGGUAAAGCUAAAGUUAUUUAUCAGAAACAUCUUGUCUUUAUGUUUGUGCUCCCCAGGGCGGCAACACUAUAAAUUUACCUGUGAUGCCCCUUGUCAUUGCUGGGGUGCAGCUCUGUUCAGUUGUUGAAUUAGCUCUUUUAAACUUAAUGAUGGAAUUACACAUGGAAUGAAAAUAAUAACAGUGUAAAUUCUGUACAUUUCAUUGACAAAUAAUUACUGCAGAAUGAGGGAGGUCCAAGAUCAUAGCUGGCUUAAAACCCUUUCAAAGUCAAGGGGCCAUAGCAGAAGGAAGGCUCAUAUAAGACUGACAGAUGAGAUGUCAUCCAUGUGAUAAGUACAAAAAAAAAAUAAUUCUGCAGUGAAUAACACGCUGAACAUGUGGGAAAUGGCCCCACAGUCACCCACAAAAGUAGAGCCUCAUUAAUUGCAUUAAUUGGAUUAAAAUCAAAUAGGAUAUUUUACAGGUACAUGAAAAAACUUGGUUGUUUAAUAUCCAUUUUCCAUCAAUUUAUGAUCUCAUUUACAAAAAAAGUGCAUUGGGGUUCAAAAUCCCAGGAGAUCAAAUAGGUGAUUUGUGAGUAAUGUGAGAUGCAACAUAGUAAAUCACACAUUAUCAAGUCUGGCAAGCAGGUCUGAGAUCAUGAAAGCUGCUCACCAAAAUGAACAUUGAUGAAAACAAGUUACAUGAAUGGUGACCAAAUAUUGUGGCCAAAUCAAAUAGAGUGAGCUCAUCUAUCCAUCCAAUUUUUGCACUGCUCAGAACACUGCUAAGUGGAGUUUUGUUGUACAGUCAUGGAAGUUUAGUAUAUUUAGUGCUAUAUAUGUCAGUUUUAAGGUGAUGUUCAUUUUCAAAAUUUUGAAGUCAUUCCUAAGGGUAUACAGAAAUACAGGAGGUGAAAAUUCUGAAUGAUGUUUACAGCUAAUAUAAAAUCCCAUUCAGUGUUCUGCAUGUCAGUCUCAGCAUGCUAGGAACUCCAUUUUCUCAUAAAUACAAAGAGAUUCAAUUCUUGGUUCGUAUUGCCCCUCCAUGUAGUCGACCAUUCUGACCACUAGGUCGUAAUGGUCGACUACAAAUCUACUGGCUUGUGUUUGAAUCCUGACCUGGACGACUGGCGCUUUGCCUACCCAUCUGCUCAUUCUCCCUUUCAGAAUGGGUACCUAGGGAAGGUAAUCUGUUUUAACCUGGAUAUCAUACUUGCCCUGUGGCAUGGGGUACUGGGUUCUUACCCAACACAGGCUGUAGGGGCAAUGAAGAAGUGAGCACUAAGGCCACUCAUAGCAAUAGUGAAUGCCCCCAACUUUACCUUUAUUUGUUACAUAAUGUUAUCAUGAAUACAAAGAGAUCAUGCUUCUUUUCAAUUCUAUGUAACUGGUUGUUCUGUAAUGUCAUUUUGACAUGAUGACCAGACAUAGGUGAUCAAGGCAUGAAAAGGUGUAUGGAAAAUAUGAGUAAAUAGUUAGAGUUCAAGAUUACAGUUAACAGGUUUCAAAGCACUAACAUUGUUGAUACCAGUGGAAGUAUCUGACAGGGAUUCCAGAGCUUAUUGGUCAUAAUGAAAAGUUUCAUACACUUAAAUAGUCCUGUCAAUGUUUUAUGGUAAUUAACAGAAUUUCAUACAGCGAUGUAGAAUUAAAACUGGUGUGUGUUUUGAAUGAUUUGAUCCAUAAAAUAGAAUUUCUUGUAAAAAUUUGGAGUUCAUUAAUUGUGAACUUUUACUAGAGUGAGUGGAUGUCUUCUGUUUUCCCAUAACACAUCUAUUUUAUGAGAGUGGGUGUAGGCAUGAGUAAGUUUCCAUAGCCAUUCAAGCCUUUUAUUGCCCCAUUCCCAUAGUAAUAUAAGGCCUUCAAAUUUUCACCUUCUUUGGUUUCAUUCCCAUACUGCAGUCAAGGACUCAAAGCCAUUUGUAAGCAGCAGAUUUCUUUGGGGGCUUUUUCAACGGUUACUGUUGAUUGAAUGAAACAUUUGAAGGUUAAGCCAGGUGUUGGACCACUCAAAGUUGUAUGGACAAUGUGGCAGUCUAAUAUCCAUAUGCUAACCACUUAGCUGCUACCUACAGUAAUAUCAGAAUUAUCCUGAUCUCUCUAUACUGGAUAUGUUUUUCUAGAGCUGAUCUACUGUAAUAUAUUCCUCUUCUGUUCUGUCUUAGAAACAGGCUUACCAAUGGCUUAUGUUACUGGGGUGUUUGCUGCUCUUCUCUGUAAAAUAUGCAAAUUAAUGUUUCAUCUUUUUCAAACAUGUUUGUGACAUAUAAACAAAGUAUUCUGAUAUAUUCAAGCAUGCCUAAUGAUUUUCUCUGAGCAUGUGCCAGACCUGAGUGGUUAGUGUCAUGCUUAAGGAGUCAGAGAAUUUGGAAAAUAGAUUACAAGGACCAAGGUUAUUUCGGCACCCAAGUCAUAAUGUAAUAUGUAAUAGCCUUCGUCCAAGGAAAGUAGCUACUGGUUGAUGCUUACCCAAGGAGUUUGUGACUUUUGUGGGAUUCUGAGUGUAUUUGUGUAUUUGCAAAAAAAGAAAUUUCCUUCCAUGUAAAGCAUAUAUAUGUGCACUAAGAAGUUACUAUAGAGCACCAUCAACUAGCAUUCAACAACUUCUUUGGUCUGGAAGUCUGAGUAACCGAAAUACUAGUUACACAUAUGUACAUAAUUUCAGAAUAAAAGAAAACUUGCAGUUAUAUAUGAAUUAUGAUGAGAGGUGAAUGCUAGUAGUUAUAAAUGUAGAUACCUGUUGAUAGGCAGACUUUUUUUUUUUUUUUUUUUUUUUUUUUUUUUAGGAGCAAGAUGCAAUAUUUAAAUUACCACUCCUGUUUCUGCAUCUGUAUCUAUCUUGCCAAAUUAUAGGUCACUUCAUACAAAAAAAAAAUUGCACCCAUUGGCACUGCAGUCUGUUUUUGACUGGUGUACAUAGUAUGAGAUUAUUUCCUUUUAAAUUUAUAUAUAUUUUUUUGGUAAAUGCAUGAAAAUGGUUACAUGAUAUGAGCUUUCAGUGUAAGUCUGAUCCACUUCAUUGUAUGUGUAUUGUAUUUCAAGAUUUCCAUUAUUCUCAUUAUUUUUAGAUCUUGUUUUUUUUUACAGAUUUCCUAAGGGAAACCAUGUGAUACUUAGUUUUAAGCUUGAUUUAAAUGGUCAGUGAUGACCACAAGAGCCCUUGCAGGACAUUUGUAUCAAUGGUAAGGACUCUGUUGAGGCAUCAUGUGUCACAAGCUCUUCAGGGUGAUUAGCUUGCUUAGCCCAAGGGGACAGGUAGGCUGCAAAGGUAAUGGCUGAAUAAUGUUUAUGUUUUCCCAUAUAGAUGCUAUACGUACUAUUGCUUGUUUUCUAUAUUCUGUUAUUUGACCUAUCAUGAAACACAUCAUGGUGAAAGCCUACCAAUGUGCAAGUUACAAAGGCUCUCUGAGUGUAAACUCCAGCUCAUAGUUGUCUACUAGAAAAGUGCAUACAACUCCCUCUGUGUACAUGCAUACAUGUGUGUGUGUGUGUGUGUGUGUGUAAGCAGGAAAGGCUUAUGACUAGUGCAACAGGUUCAGCAUUAUAAACUGUUAUACUUAAUAAGAGUUGGAUGGUACAUUAUUCAACAAGAAUAUUUAAAUAUGAUGCUAUGUAAUUGCAUUAUUUAAUGUACAUUGAUUUUAGAUUCCUUAGAGCAAAGGAUACGUUAUAUACCAUCAUGUAGUGGCUUUUGAUACUGAGCCACAUCAGUAAAGGAAGUCAUUUACUAUUGGCAAAACUAUUAUCUUGAGCCUCUCAGAUGAUCACCAGCUGCCUCACUUAUUGAAAGAGCUCAGAAGACUAAAGGUGAAUAAUUAUAGUGGGACUCUCUAAAAUGAGGAGACCUGGCAGUGACACAAUCAAAAGGAGGGGGGUACAAAUGAUACUGAUCCAGCAUAAGCAAUGGUAUCCGUCUGGGGCAUCUUCAGCAAACUGCACCCAUUUGUUUUUGUGGUUACUAUGGUUGAUAUCAUAUUUGAGGGAAGCUGAAGCAUAUCUUGGGCUUCAUAUAUCUUAUUGCAGUGUAUGCUCCAAUGAGAUGAGUAAAACUGAAAAGGAGAUGUUUAUCUGUCUAUAUCUCUGAGGCCCUGGGGAACUUCCCUCCAGGGGGUGGCCAUCGCUGAAGUUUCUCCAUCUCUCCCUGUUCUGGGAGAAAACACCAAAUUAAACUCAUUAAUAGACUAUUGCCCCUCUGUGACACACUCAUUGAUUGGAUGACUAAUGCUGAAAGUGGCAAUGAGGGAGUUGGUUAUGGGUCGUUGGUCCAUAUGAUCAUGGUACCAGGAACACCAACAUUUCUCUCUUCCUGACUUUUGAAUAAUCCAGAAGAUUGAAAAUUGAAAGCUCUUGAUGUCAGAGACCAGAGGUGCACACCACUUGAUGUGGUAUAUCAUUGCUGAAGGGAUCACUGAAGAGAUUGAGCACAUCCUUGUAAGUACUCAUUGGAGGAUCCUCCAGAACUGCAUGAUUUUUGGAAUGUUUAUUUCCUUGCAGCUGAGCAUAAACUUGUUGCUGCACUCGAAGUUACCAAAUUGUUUUGAGAAACUGAAGGACUUGGCAUAUGAUAAUAUUAUCAGUAUGCAGUGACCGUCUCACGUCAGUUCAGUGUGCCCUGCAACCUUGAGGACCCAGUAAAAUUGUGGAUACCUUCAAAUGUGAAACUCAUCAAUCUGCUUUGAAGAGUUGCUGAGGGAAAGGAGUGGUUUUGCCUCAGAGGAAAUGUUGGAGAAUAUCAUGGAGUCACUCCCAGGUUUGCUGGGAGGAUGUAGGACUAGAGCUCUCCUGAGAUAUUUCCAAAGAGAAUUGUCAGGAUUCUCGUGGAGAAAUGUUGAGGGUCAUUUCAAUGUUAAUAACCUCCAAUCUGCUUUAAAAGUCCUGAAACCCAGGUCCAAGCCUUCCUCUCGUGUGAGUGAUGUACAAACAACAGAUGAUUGCCUCAUGUCAGACAUGAAUGAGCCACCUAUUGACAAAACCCCACUCACUCUUAAAAAGAUAAGAGCCUGUGGCAAAGUCAAAGAUUAGAAAGGUAGCUGGUGUUUAUAACACUAGUGCAGAGCUUCUCAAAACUUGAGGUCCAGUCAUGGUUCAUGGGUUGAAUGCAGCCUUGACUGCUGCAUGACAGUCUGGAACUAUACCUCCUUACUGGUAAAAGAAGCUGGUCAUCCCCAUCUGAAAAAGGAAGGUGACUGUCAGGACUGCAACAACUAUCAGGAUACUAAUACACUGUUCAUUGUGCCAGGAAAGCUGCCUUCCCAUCUGUUGUUCAUAAAGAAUUCAGAGCCAACUGCAAAAGUUGCAGAGUCCUAAACAGUCAGGGCUCAUGCCUGGUAAAUUGACAACUGUCUGUAUCAUACUGCUUUGCUUACUGGUGGAGUGCCAACAAGAGUUUCGACAAGGGAUGCUUGCAGCUUAUGUCACUCUCAAGAAGGCAUUUGAUUCAGUGCAUCAUGAAGCUCAGGUAUUUUGUACACCUUUGUAGGCUUCUUGCAUGGACUGUUGAUUUAUUGACUGGCCUGUAAUUUGGGUCUGAUAAUGCUGUGAAGUGUGGAAGGGCAUACAUAGUUUCUUUUCUGUGAAUAUCGGAGUGGGGCAGAGCUGCUUCCUUUCCCCAUCACUUUACAGCACUUGCAUGGACUGGUUAAUAGGCAGAGUUGUUGACCAAAGUCAUUGUAGACCAUCUGUUGUUAAUACCAGGGUCAACAACUUUGUUUUUGCUAUCAAUUCAGUAAUUCUCGCCAAGUCACUGAAGGUAUCCGUGAUGGCUUCCAAGGCACUGCAUGAGACGAAGCCGUUAGAACUUAAGGUCUCCCAGAUCAACACUAAAUCACAGGUGUUUGAAGACUUACUGGACAAAAAAUACAAUCUGUUCAUGGAUGCAGUGAAGACAUGAAGAUCUUGGAAAAUUUCACAUACCUUGGUAGUGUAGUGUAGAACAAUGAUGGAUCGUGGAUGAAGUCUUACAGUGGAUUGGCUGAGCACAUGGUGUUACUGACUCACUCAAUAUGAGUAUGUGGCAUUGUUGAUACCUGUGCAGGACAAAGAUGUAGAUCUUCAAGUUACUUGUGCUCCUUGUCUUACUUUAUGGCUGUAAGACAUGAACACUUUGAUAGUGUGUCAAAACAGCAAAAACUUAUGAGACUCGAUAGAGACUCAUUACCUGCAAAGUCCAUGAAUGCCAACUCUGGCUAUUAUAUGGUCAUGACAUAUGCUACCCAGAAGUCGACACCCUGGUCAACAGGUUGUGUCUGUAAGAGACAAUCUAGUGUAGAGGAGGUCAAGGAAGUGCCAGCAAAUCUUGUAGCUUGAGCAAGUUAAUGGAUCUUGCCAGAAGAUUAUUUGGAACUGGAAGGGUCCUGCAUGGAGACUUGCUUAGGAGAACCACUGGGAAUAGCAUUGUAGGGUUGGUGAGGUAACACCCCCCCCCUCAUGACAUAUGCUUCUGUUGAUUGAAUACCAUUGUAAUAAUACCUACUUUUACCCUACCAGCAAGUGUAACAUUGACUUAAUAAACGGAAGUUAUUGCUUUUAGAAAUAUUUGUAAACUGGACCACUGGAAGCAUUGAGCCAGUAAGUUGGUUGUCUCUGCUUUCUGAAUAUGUAAUAUGUAUUUGUUGUUAAAGAUAAGUUCCGUCAUGAACCAAGAAUGCAUAAUGACAGUUAUUUCCAAAAUGUCUGCACUUUCUUUUGAUUACGACCACCCAUUGUAUGACAUAUUUGCAUUUGAAAUUUUGUAACUAAUGUAUGAGAUACUCUAUGACACCUUUAAUGAUAAUAGAUGAGUGACCUUUGAAGUGCUAUGUCCACUUGCUUCCAUAUAAUUAGUAAGAGAAAUUCUUAGGAUCUGAUAAACUACUAAAUGUGACAAUAGGAUGUACAUAGGUUUUACCAAAUACAUAUAUAUAAUUUUAUAUAAGUACAGGAUAUUAAAUGUUUGAGAAUGA